AUCAAGACCGAAAUAAGAAAUUGUUGAAAACAAAAACAUGAUAUGUAUUUAACUGAAAACCAAAAUAUUACGCAACUUCAAUAUAUGAAGAUGAUGGAGACUUUAAUGCGGCAAAGGAGGUAUACAAAGCUUUUGAUAUAUGGUGGUGGUGUUUACUUGUACUCAGGUUUUGGAGAUGGAGAAUAGAAUGGCAGAGGUGGGGGAGAAAUGUAAACGUAAGGCGGUGGGGGAGACUUGUACUCAGGUUUUGGAGAUGGAGAGUAGUAUGGAUGAGGUGGGGAAGAAGUGUAAACGUAUGACAGUGGAGGAGAUUUGUACUCAAGUUUUGGAGAUGGAGAGUAGUAUGGAAGAGGUGGUGGAGAAGUGUACACGUACGGCCGUAGGGGAGAUUUAUACUCAGGUUUCAGAGAUGGAGAGUAGUAUGCCGGAGGUGGAGGAGAAGUAUAAACGUACGGCGGGAGGGGACAUUUGUACUCAGGUCUUGGAUAUGGAGAGUAGUAUGGAGGAGGUGAGGGAGAAGUGUAAACGUAUGGGGGUAUGAGAGACUUGUACUCAGGUUUGGAGAUAGAGAGUAGUAUGGUGGAGGUGGAGGAGAAGUGUAAACGUAUGGUGGUGGCGGAGACUUGUACUCAGGUUUUGGAGAUGGAGAAUAGAAUGACGGAGAUGGAGGAGAACUGUAAACAUACGGUGGUGGUGAAGACUUGUACUCAGAUUUUGGAGAGGGAGAGUAGUAUGGCGGAGGUGGCGGAGAGCUAUAAAUGUACGGCAGUGGGAGAGACUUAUACUCAGAUUUUGGAGAUAGAGAGUAGUAUGGUGGAGGUGGCGAAGAACUGUAAAUGUACGACGGUGGUGGAGAUUUGUACUCAGAUUUUGGAGAUGGAAAGUAAUAUGAAGGAGGUGGCGGAGAAGUGUAAAUGUAUGGUGGUAGUGGAGACUUAUAUAAGCUUUGGAGAGGGAGAGUAGUGUGGUGGAGGUAGAGGAGAACUGUAAAU